UUUUUUGUCCAUUCCUCUCUGCCUUUUCCCACUUGCCUUUGCCUCUCUCGAUCUUAAUUUUUAUUUCAUUCUUCCUUCCGCACACCCACAUUUGCUGUCUCUAUCUCUGCUGCCACUGUCUGUCUGUCCGUCUGUCUCUCGAGGAAGAUGAGCGAAGGGCCGUUGAGGCCAGUGCUGGGGAGGUACCCCUCGUCCGACGGUGCAGACGGCGGGACGACGAAGGGGGGAAUCAAUGAUGUCAUAAAGCACAACAGGAAGUGUCGGGAUGUAGUGUUCCUCGUACUGUUUGUGGCCUUCUGGGUUGCAAUGAUUGUCAAUUCCAGCUUCGGUUUCAACCGGGGAGACCCGUUGAGACUAACCUACAGUCUAGACUACAAAGGCAAUGUCUGCGGCGACAAGCACGCCAAUCCCGAUCUCCGACAAUUGCAGCUAAGAUAUUUCAUGAACCCUAACGAGGUUUACCAAACAGGCGUGAAGGACACCAAAUUCCAUCUCUCCAGUGCCCGAAGUAUUUGCUUAAUGAGCUGUCCUGUCCCUUCUGAGGAGGACUCACUGAAUUGGGUCUGCGAUUAUCCCGAUGGCGAAGUUCGUCUCAAGAUCGGCGAAUGGAUCGAUCGAAAUUACAAUUAUUUUGCAGACCUUACACCUGAGCUCAGGAACACUUCUCUUCAGCUUCAGGGUCCUUGCUAUCCUGUAAUAUUUCCCAGUGUCAAUGUUUAUUGGACCUGUCAGUUAAUUGCGCGUGCAUCGAAUGUAUCUAUGAAGCAUUGGGAGGUGACGGGCGGAGUUAAAGUCGUGGAGGAUAUUUCGAUCGAUAAAUCUAUCCACAAAUCGAUUAACUCCCGAUCGUCGGUUCUUAAGAGAUAUGUGGCUGAUGUGGGAAAGUCUUGGCCUGUACUGCUUGUUUGUGGAGGAUUUUUGCCGCUAUUUUUGUCACUUUUAUGGCUUUUGAUGAUCCGUUAUUUUGUUUCGGGAAUGCCAUGGAUUACCGUUGUUGUUUUCAAUCUUCUCAUGGUAUCCGUGACCAUGUUUUAUUAUUUGAAAGCUGGAUGGAUUGGAGACGAUGCUGUCACACCCAUCAUCGGCAAGCACGACCCGUAUUAUAGCGUUUCCGCGAGGGAGCUACAUCAUCUCCAAGUAGCAGCUGUUUCGAUGACCGUUUUGACGAUCGUUGCUUUCUUAUCGUCGAUUGCUAUAGUCCGCCGAAUCCUUAAAGCAACCUCAGUCCUCAAAGUUGCUGCGAAAGUCAUCGGAGAAGUCCGAGCAUUGAUCAUUUUUCCGGUGAUACCAUAUGCCAUUCUUGCUAUAUUUUACAUGUUUUGGUUAUCCGCCGCGCUCCAUCUUUUUAGUUCCGGGAGCGUCGUACGAAAUGAUUGUGAUGCUAAUUGCUGCGCGUACGAUCUCAAAGCAAUGAAACUGAACUGUGACAGUUGCUGCGGCUAUAAUGUUCGAUACACGUCUCAUAUUGCUGCCGCGAUCGUCUUUCACCUAUUUGGUGCCUAUUGGGCCACCCAAUUUUUCAUCGCAUCCUCUUCGACGGUGAUUGCCGGUUCUGUUGCUUCGUACUAUUGGACGAGAGGCCAAGUAUCGCCGAAAAUUCCCUUUCUUCCUGUUUUUGCCUCGAUGAAGCGGCUUGCACGAUACAGCCUCGGCUCGGUUGCUCUUGGCUCUCUAAUAGUGUCAUUCGUUGAGAGUAUUCGAUUUAUACUCGAAGGACUUCGUCGUAGGCUUAAAAAUGUCGAUUCUAUGCCCCAAAGCUGGAUCGAAAAGGCGAUGUAUCGGACGUCUCAGGGUUGCCUGAAAUGCAUUGUAUGCAUCAUCAAAUCUGUUAACCGUAACGCCUAUAUUAUGAUUGCGAUUACAGGAAAAGGCUUCUGUAGAGCUUCCGAGAUUGCGACAGACUUGAUCAUGAGCAACAUCCUUCGAAUCGGAAAGGUGAAUGUGAUAGGCGAUGCGAUCCUCUUUCUCGGGAAGCUCUGUGUCAGCCUUACGAGCGAAAUCUUCGCGUUCCUAAUGUUGGAUACGUACAAAUAUAAAUCUUCACACAACAAGAUAUCAUCCCCUCUGUUUCCCGCGCUGGUCUGCUGGUGUUUUGGCUACAUUGUCGCGACCCUCUUUUUCGGAGUGGUGGAGAUGUCUGUCGACACGAUAAUCCUUUCCUUCUGCCAAGACUCGGACGAACACCAAGGCGCCGCGCAAUAUGCUCCGCCUCUGCUGCUGCAGACUUUUGACGACGAUGAUCAAAAUGAGAAGCAGAGACUGAUGCAAUGAACCGAGCGCUUUCGACGCCUUCGUCGUCGGUUAUCCGAUCUAUCUUAGCUUGAAUAUCAAGAAUUUUGUGUACAUUUGAGUAUUUUUCCUUAUGGAUUCUCACUAGUUGUAUGUAUAUAUAUAAUCAUAUGCAUUUCUUCCCUACAUUUUUACUGCAAAAAAUGUAGUUACCUUUUAGUGCAACU